GCCGUCGACAUGGCCGUCGUCGAGGAGUUCGAUUACCUGUGCCGCCUAUGCGCGACCAAGACUGGCAUCCUGAUGGGCCUGCCGAUAUUCGAGGCCGGCGAUCAGAUGCGCAACAUCGACAAGAAGAUAGCGGCCUGUCUACCGGUUCAGGUGUCGUUGACAGAUCAACUGCCCAAAGUGGUCUGUGAAGAAUGUGCGUUUAAACUGGACCAGUUGUUUGAUUUCCGUGAGAAAUGUCUACACACGGAAGGAAUGUUUAUGGAAAUGUUGAAGGAAAUUGGCAAAGAGGAGAUUGUGCAUCUAUCCGAGCACGAUUUGGCAAGCGUGAAUAACAUGGGCACAAUUCAGAGAAACCUGACUAGCAUACAGAUUAAUAAUGAAAAUGUACAAAGCCAUUCAGCCGUAGCUCACGAAACUACAGAAUCUACCAUACACACGAUGCAAGUAAUGGACGAAAUGGAUCUGGCUGGUGGCGAACAAGUAGUUACACAGGAAGAAAUGGGUCAACAAGAUACAGAUAUACAAGGGAUUGACUGUUUAGAUGGUGAUACCGUGAGAAUGGUUGAUGAACAUAUACGAGAGGUUUCAAACCAUCAAAUUGCAAUGCACUUGGAUAGUGAUAUUGCUGUAGUGGGAAACCUGGGUGGCCAUUUAAGUCAAUUAGGGAUAAAUUAUGUUACCUCUAUUAAUCCUGAAGAUCAGAGCCAAGAGCAAAUAGUACAUUACUGUGAAAAUGUAAAAUACGAGGCAGAUCCAAUAAAACAGGAAUACCACAGAUUGCAAGAUAGAUUAACCACGGAAGAGCCACAGCACAUACUCAAAAAUAAUGUACCAGUAGAUAAUUUCGUCUCUCCUCAAGCUGAAACGGAAAGUGAAAUAGAAGAAUGUAUAAACGAAAAUGGAACUCACGAACAUGUGGACUCCAUGAACCUACCAUCUACGAGUCAGAUAAACGGCGUACAUUGCGAAAUAAUGGUUAAAUACACGAAGAGAACGAAACACGCAUUAUUAGAGUCUACGCUUAGCAACCCUACCAUAGAUGAGACCGGUUCUAACUGGUACAUGUGCCCAUUCUGCAACGAAGCAGCUUUGGAGACGACCAAUCUAGCCGCACAUUUUGAGCAGCAUUUCUGCUGCUGUUCCUGCGGCCUAUAUUUUACUAGUGUCGAGGGAUUAAAUCUACAUAAGGAGCAAUGCGAUGUAUAUAAAACUGAUGAAGUAGUCAAUAAGGAGGAGAAGGAUGUACAAUUAAAUGCAGUGUCGUUGCAAGAAAGCAAUGACAAUCAAGAAGGGCAGAAGAAACAGUCGACGGUAAGACGGAAGUGGACUGCGAAGGUGUGUACAGAAUGCGGCAAGCAGUACAAGUCGAAUUACAAGCUACAGGAACAUAUGCGCAAGCACACAGGCGAGAAACCGUUUCAAUGUACGACGUGCGAGAAGGCGUUUCGCAGCAAGAUCGGCCUCGCGCAGCACACGGCCACACACACAGGCCAAUUUGACUACAACUGCUCCACGUGCGGCAAAGGAUUUCAGUGCAAAAGCUAUCUCAUUGUACACCAAAGAGUACACUCAGACCUGAAACCGUACUCGUGUACGAAAUGCAGUCAGAAUUUCAAGACGAAGCAGUCGCUAUUGGACCACGAGAAUCGUCACCUAGGCGUAAAGCCGUACAUGUGCGAGAUCUGCGGCCGCGGUUUCAUCACUAAGGGCCUCUGCAAGAGUCAUCAGAAGAUACACUCCGGCACCGACAAUCGCCAAUACCCAUGCGCGGUGUGCAACAAGAUGUUCGUCAGCAAGAGUUACCUGAACACGCACUUGCGCAUUCACACGGGCGAGAAGCCGUAUCUUUGCGAGGUCUGCGGCAAGGGAUUUCUCACGCGGGUUGAUCUAAGGAUCCACUCGACCAUGCAUACCGGCGAGAAGAGCUUCAAAUGCGAGAUAUGCGGGAAGGUGUUCGCUCGACGCGCGGCGCUACGUUGCCAUCGACGGUCGCACACGGGCGAGCGUCCUUACAAGUGCGACGUCUGCGGCAAAACGUUUACGCAGUUUAGUCCGAUGGCAAUUCACAAGCGUCUACACACCGGUGAGCGACCGUACGAAUGCGACGAUUGCGGCAAGGCUUUCGUGUCUAGGUCGACUAUGAUGUCUCACAGAAAGAAACAUCACAUAACGAAUGCUGUACAAAAGGAUACGACUGUGACGCAUAAUGAAGAUGCCGAGGUCAAACUUAUUCUCUCGUCCGAUAUUAUAGUCAGAGAUACAGACGAUGGGAUUCACAUCACUGCAGAUUGAAGUUAUGAAGGAAAACGACGUACGAAUUUUCUGCGUUCAAGUCAAGGACGCAGUUUGGGUGCUACGAAAUUUUCAUUGGCAUUUGUUAGAUAAGAACUGCUUUCAUCACCAUAGUGUAUUCUGUCAGUGUACAUUUUCAAAAA